AGAAUUGCUCAUAAUCAACAACACAUUUGUAUUACCCGAAGACGUAUUUUAGUGACUUGCACCUUAAACAUGAUGUUUCUAAUAUUAAUUAUGUCCUGUAUGAUUGCUGGUUCACUUGCAUGCGGCAACGCUGAAUGCAAAGAUCCAAUCCUCGCAGAUAAAUUACAGGAGACAGGUUUUCUGCCAGACGAGGAGCAGCUGGAAAUAUUAUGCCCAAAGAUCAUAAACUUCGUGGAAUGUGAGAGAAAAUUCAUGGAAAAUUCUGGACAAACUCUUGAAGAGUUGGCAACUUCUUCAGAUAAAAGGAAAGCAGGAGAGGCGAAGGCCAUGUUGGGUGGAAUCGGACUGAUUCGUGAUGCAUGUGAUAAAGGUUCAUCUUUUCACACUGAUUACGUUGCUAAUGUCAAUUGCUACAGAGAGUACUUUAAAGGGCCUGUGGAGAAUUGUGGAGAAAACAUUACAAAACUAGUAGAAGAAUUUUUCGAUCAGCUUUAUGCUGAUGAAAAUAUAUAUAACACAAGCAGUGAAAUAUAUUCCCAAUUCUCGUGCUUGAUAGACGUUUACGAAGUGGUAUGUAUAAUAGACAAUCUUGGCGAAGCCUGUGGAAAUAUUGCACAAAGACAAGCACAGGAAGUUGUAACGAGGAUGAAGGGACUGUAUGAAGGAAGUCUCUGCAAAAAUAUUUUAGAUUCUACGAAUCUGAAGACAAUGUUUUUGGAUUUCUUGAAAUUAGAUGAACAACGAAGGAGUAACAUUCAAGGAAUUUUCGAUUUAAUAAAAAGAAGACGAUGAAAAGGCUUUGAAUCAAGAUACACAACCAGAAUGGCUAUAUUUUUUUAUGAAUAAAAAUUAUUUUAUGAGUUGAAAUAAAAAAAAAUUGGUGUUUUAAAA